CGGCAACAGAGUUUAGGCUGUGUCUUUGCUUCAUCAUCUGAGGAAAAAAACCCCAGACAAGGCACAGGGCUUUCUCGGCACAGAGGAAAAAAAAUAAUUAAUAAAUAAUAAUAAUAAAAUUACGAGCUGCUCAUCGUUUCAUGUGAAAAUGACUUGCCAUGAUGCAAUGGGGAAGAUACGGCCGUUUGUUUAUAUCAGAUGUUCCCGUUCACGUUGGGAAUGUGCCGAAUAGACAGGGCUAAAGAAGGUCAGUGACUUAAAAAGUGCCUUUGCCAAGUCACUUUUAUGAGUGAGGACUGCUACGCUUGUAUUCUCAAAAUCCCGUCUUUGCCAGCCAGACAUUGCCUUCACCUUACACCGGGUGGAAGAUACCUCAGCUGUCUCCGUUUGCCAAUUAGUUGAUGGGAAACUGAAAGCAGAAAAAGAGGAAGAACAGUAAUUAUCACUAUUCCUGGAACAUGAACAAAUGACUGCAUUGCUUUUCUUGUGUAAUCAAUACCAGCGAGCAACUGUCAGAGAACUACUAUUCUAUCAAGGAGUGCCACUUCAUCAAAGGACCUUGGCUUGAAACUGGUGCAUCCCUGAUAUAAUCUACAAGUUCCCGUGUUUUCCAGACAGAAAUGUGACUGAGCAUGAUUUUUCCCAGCCAAAAGUCUACAAGUGGGACUUAAUGAUUGAUGAAUGACUGCUUGCUGAUAAACUUUCUCUGUUUAUUCUGCUUUGUGUGCACUGGACGUCAUUAAUCGUUUCCUACUUUUUUUUUAACUUUCUUUUAACUUUCAGUAGAAUUUUUUUUUUCUGGGGGUGUUUUGGGGUGGUGGUUUUUUUUUUCAUUUUCUUUUCCCCUCUUUUUGGCAUUAGUUUUGGAAAUCCCUUCAGCAUAUUUCACUUGACAGAAAUUUACAAAUUCUAAAUCAGCUUUUCACCAUGGCUCUGAAUGUUGCUCCCGUCAGAGAUACAAAAUGGCUAACAUUAGAAGUUUGCAGGCAGUUUCAGAGAGGAACUUGUUCACGCUCUGAUGAAGAAUGCAAAUUUGCACACCCCCCUAAAAGUUGCCAGGUUGAAAAUGGAAGGGUUAUUGCCUGCUUUGAUUCAUUAAAGGGUCGCUGUACAAGGGAGAACUGCAAGUACCUUCAUCCACCAACGCAUUUAAAAACUCAACUGGAAAUCAAUGGCAGGAACAAUUUAAUCCAGCAAAAAACUGCAGCAGCAAUGCUUGCCCAGCAAAUGCAGUUCAUGUUUCCAGGGACGCCACUACAACCAGUGCCCACAUUUCCAGUGGGUCCCACAAUAGGAACAAACACGGCUAUUAGCUUUGCUCCUUACCUAACGCCAGUAACACCAGGAGUUGGCUUAGUCCCGACUGAAAUCCUGCCCACGCCGCCUGUCAUUGUCCCUGGAAGUCCACCGGUUUCAGUCCCCAGUUCAACUGCUACUCAGAAGCUCCUCAGGACUGAUAAAUUGGAGGUGUGCAGGGAGUUCCAGCGGGGAAACUGUGCACGUGGAGAGACUGAUUGCCGCUUUGCGCAUCCAGCAGACAGCACAAUGAUUGACACAAACGACAACACUGUAACCGUGUGUAUGGAUUACAUAAAAGGUCGUUGCAUGAGGGAGAAAUGCAAGUAUUUUCACCCUCCUGCACAUUUGCAGGCCAAAAUCAAAGCGGCGCAACACCAAGCCAACCAGGCUGCAGUGGCAGCCCAGGCAGCUGCGGCAGCUGCGACUGUGAUGACUCAGUCGACUGCCAAAGCAAUGAAGCGACCUCUCGAAGCAACUGUAGACCUGGCCUUUCCUCCUGGUGUUCUUCACCCUUUACCAAAGAGACAAGCACUUGAAAAAAGCAAUGGUGCCAGUGCCGUUUUCAAUCCCAGUGUCUUGCACUAUCAACAGGCUCUUGCCAAUGCUCAGUUGCAGCAACAUGCAGCCUUUAUCCCAACAGGGUCAGUUUUGUGCAUGACACCCGCUACCAGUAUUGAUAAUCCUGAAAUAGCCGGCAGGAGCGGAACAGAGUGUCACGAAGCCUCCCUGCGGACGGCCAAGCAUGGCUACUGUACAUACUACCCCGUCUCCUCCUCUCUAGAGUUGCCACAAACUGCAUGCUAAGUCAAGAAUUUGUUCUUAUGGACAAAUCACAAACUCGAAAAAGCUAGUGCUGCUAUGUCAUAUAUGAAUAUUAAAUAUGGUAUGCUUACUAUACUCCAACCUAAAAUAGUUAACUACCUGAAUACCAGCUGUGAUGUUUCAAGACAUAAAAGGGUAACAUUUAGUUUUAAAGAUUUUUCUAAGCAUAGUUUAAUUCUUGAAGAUAAUGUCUUUUCUCCAUAACUAUACCUAAUGGAAAUGGUCCAGUUAAGUCAGUCUCGUGAGAUUCGGUGUUGGUGAAUCUUUCGAGCUCAGCAAUAAUUAAGUUGUAUUGGCUAAAAACCUAUAUCCCAGUUGCAGGUUUGAUUUUCACCCGAGCUACGAUUGGAGUUUUUCUUCUCGGUUUAAAACGCAUAAAAGUAAAUGAAUCUUGGUUUUGCUCCCUUAGCGAGUCGAUUCCGAGACAGCAGAAGUGAAAGCAGUGCCCAGUGUCCUGCACAGCACCCUGCCAAACCUGAAUACGUUUAGCCAGAAGCCCAAAGCGAAGCACAAAUUCUUUCGAUGCGCAUGGUUGGUGUUUGAGCUGUAUGGAGAAGUUGCAUUUGAAUCAUAGCAGAAUAGCAGACGAAAAUUUAAAACUUUUGCACAGUAUGACCUUCAUACCCCUGUCAGCCCCCAAAAGAACAAAGUCUUGAGAAUAUUAUUUUACGAGUAUAUUUAUAAUGUUUUUAAAAGAGACUUUGCAGAAGUGCCUAAAUUUUGUCACAUCAGACUUGAUGAAAGUGAGCCUGAUGCCAACGGUGAAAUCUCACCAGAAGCAAAUAAUCUUUCAAACUCAAAAUCAGGUUACCAAAAAGAUCCAAGCUGUUAAGAAGUUACUUCUAGAAGUGUAAAAUCAGUCAAUCAAUCAAACAAACAAACAAAACCGACCAAAUUAGGAGAAGCAAAGGCGAAAAAGAAGGCUGUAGAUAGUGAGAUUUGUAUGAUAGGCUAAUUUAAUUAAGAUUCAGUUGAGUCACUUCAACUUCACAGGUGACUUUAAUCUAGACUAUUAACCGAACACUAAGAAUGUAGAAUGAGAUUCAGUUUAGUAAAUCAUUACUGUAUUUGCAUUUUUUUUUUUUAAUUGGAUUUUAAGAUUGUAACCAGAUUAGAGUGGAGGAAAACAAAAACCCUUGGUUAAUUGUUUUUCUUUAAAAACAUAUUUUAUGUCACAAAUGUAUGAAGAUAUCUUUAAUACAAUUAUAUACAUGUUAUAUAUACAUACAUACAUAUAUAUGGAUGAAGCAGAUUUUAAUGUUGUUUACUUUUUUAAAUACUUUGUUGAUUUACAAGGUAAUUAUAUAUGUGUAAUUAAAUUUUCAUUCGUUUGAGUUGAGAUUUGUUUCAAGCACUAUUGUACCAAAUAUUUCAUACUUCACAUUUUAUAUGUUGCACAUGUAUCACAUGAAUGACAUAGUUUUUAAAUUAUUGUUUAAAAAAACAAAAACAAAACAAACAAAAAAAAAAUAGAACAAGACAGCUGUUAUUAAUGGAUAUUAUGUAUAAUUGUUUGCAGCAUAAGUUUUCUAUGUGGACAUUAUUAGUGAUUGCAGUAUUUUAACUUAACCUCUUCAGAUUGAUUGUAAACUAUUUUAAACUCUGGCAGCGCUGCCUGUUCUGAACCGACCGAAGGCACUAACCAUGUAAUUAUUUGUCUAGGAAACGAUAUUUUCCAGGCUAAAUCUUGUUUGUCCGAUGUCUAAUUACUCUCUAUUUAUAUAUAUAUAUAUAUAUAAAGCUGGAGAUUUGAGCAUCUGAAAGAAAAGAAGAAAGGUAAAAACUGAUCGCAAUUCGACUGUAAAAUGAACAUAGUGCUUGUAACGUUGCGUUAGUUUUAAUUUGUGGCAAGAUAACGUAUCUUAACUUGUUACUUUAGCAGUUAAGGUAUCACCAUUAUAUCCUAUUAAAACACUAAUAUUUGUAGACUUUCUCAGUCAUUAUAACUAGGUAGUUGACACUGCAACUUGCCUAUUAUCUGUCAAAGUUGUUUUUAUUUUUUUAUAAUAGUUCCUUUAGGCAUUUGGGUAGCGUAUUGUAUAAUACUGAAUGGUAAAUGAUCCCUGUUGUUUAACUAUUUUACGUCGAUAACUCUUCAGGACAUUGUUACGUGUGA